UCCUCAACUGUCUCACAGGUGUUCCCUCACGCUGCCCUGCUGUGCGGAAGCUGGUGGGGUCACCUGUGCCAAAGCCCCCCAGGUCACUGGGGUCACAGUUCAGCUGGAGAUGCACGCGCUGUGGCAACAGUUUGACCAGCUGGGCACAGAGAUGAUCGUCACCAAGGCUGGGAGGUAGGAAGAUGUUAACACAUACGGACACAGACACACACACACACACACAUAAACACACACACUCACUGUGGUUGAACUAAUCACAUAUCACUGCGUUGCUGCUGUGUCCUGCAUGGUCCUUGUAGGAGGAUGUUCCCUACCUUCCAGGUGAGUAUCUCAGGGAUGGACCCUGCAGCGGAAUAUGUGCUGCUCAUGGACUUCAUCCCUGUGGAUGACAAGAGAUACAGGUGAGUUUUAUCCAUAGAGUUACAUAGAAUGUGAUUCAUAGGAUCUGUGGUUUUACCUACACUCUGCCAGCAUAUGAGACAUACACUAGAUCUACUCAUAAUAGUGUUUGUGGGGAAUCAUCAUACAGUAUAUUGUGGUUAUGAUGUACAGUACAUAACCUGGCAGCCUCUUCUUGAUUGUACCACAUAAUAUGUACCAGAUAAUGCACAAAAUCUUAACCAGCGCCAAUUGAAAAAGCAUUGAGUAGAACUUUCAGCCUGGUGUAACAGAACGUUCAAUAGUGGAGUGACACAACGUGCAACCAAUUAAUAUAGUAUCUUUGCUCUCCUGUAUGUAGAUAUGCGUUCCACAGCUCCUCGUGGCUGGUGGCGGGCCGGGCCGAUGUGGCAGCCCCGGGGAGGAUGCACUUCCACCCAGACUCCCCCGCCAGAGGGUCCCAGUGGAUGAAACAGAUGGUCUCCUUCGACGCACUCAAACUGACCAACAACCUGCUGGAUGAUAAUGGACAUGUGAGAUAAGCACACACACAUACACACCGACACAGACCAGUCCAGACCAGACACAGACACACACACCGACCAGUCCAGACGCAGACACACAUGCAUGCACACACACACACACACACACACACACACACAUCUUUACAAUCAGUACUUGCUCGCGUUCUUUAUACAUUCUUUGUAUUUCUGAGUCUUUGUACCUGUGUGUGUAUGUGAUGUGCAUUGUGUUUGUUUGUCACACACCCAGAUGAUCUUGAACUCCAUGCAUCGUUACCAGCCUCGAUUCCAUGUGGUGUAUGUGGAACCAUGGCGGGACAGCCAGCUUCAUGCACCACCGCAACUUCUGCACCUUCUCCUUCCCUGAAACACACUUCAUAGCCGUCACUGCCUACCAGAACCACAGGGUAUUGUAAUGACUAUGUUAUAACUGUCACUUCAUAUGAUGUUGAAGAGACAAACUAGUCCAGUCUUGUAUGAAUUAUGACCAUUGGAGAUUCACCCUACAUACUACCUUGAAAUUGAUGACAGAUAAUGCUCUCUCUCUCUCUCUCUCUCUCUCUCUCUCUCUCUCUCUCUCUCUCUCUCUCUCUCUCUCUCUCUCUCUCUCUCUCUCUUUCUCUGGCCCUUAUUAAUAUAUGUAGCCUUAGAAAUAAAGUUAAAAUGUGAAAUGCUUGACAGAGUAAGUGAUGUAAACAGAGAGGUCUACUUUCUUGGGGACCUGAAUUUUGACUGAUUUUCAUCAAGCUGUCCGCUCAAGAGGAAGCUUCUCACUGUAACCAGUGCCUGUAAUCUGGUUCAGGUUAUUAAUCAAUCUACCAGGGUGUUUACAAACACUACAGGAACUAUAUCAUCCACAUGUAUCGAUCACAUUUUUACUAAUACAGUAGAACUUUGUUCUAAAGCUGUAUCUGUACCCAUUGGAUGCAGUGAUCACAAUAUAGUGGCUAUAUCCAGGAAAGCCAAAGUUCCAAAAGCUGUGCCUAAAAUAGUGUAUAUUUAGCUGACUCUUGUGUGGAUGAUGUUAAAAAUAUUUGUUGGUCUGAUGUGAUUAAUAAGGAGCAUCCUUCCAAUUAUUUAUAAACAUGCACCUGUUAAGAAACUGUUAGAACUGUUAAGGCUCCAUGGAUUGAUGAGGAAUUUAAAAACUGUAUGAAAGAGAUGGGGCAAAAGGAGUGGCUAAUAAGUCUGGCUGCACAUCUGACUGGCUAACUUACUGCAAAUUGAGAAAUUAUGUGACUAAACUCAACAAAAAGAAGAAGAAACUGUAUUAUGAUGAUGACAUUUUUUUGUGGUUGAGAACUUUAAAUGAAAUUAUGGUCAGAAAGACAAACUCAACUCCAUCUUUCAUCGAAUCAGAUGGCUUAUUCAUCAGAAAACCAUUUGAUAUUGCCAAUUAUUUUAAUGAUUAGUUCAUUGGCAAAGUGGGCAUACUUAGGCAGGAAAUGCCAACAACGAACAGUGAGCCAUCAUAUUCAUGCAUAAGAAAAUGAAUAAUGAAUGAAAAGCAUUAUACGUUUGUAUUUUGUAAUGUUAAUAAUUGUUAUCAAUCAAUAAUGUCAAACCUCCUAUCUGUCAUAUCUUUAAUCUGAGCCUAGAGGAAAGUGUUUGUCCUCAGGCCUGGAGGGAAGCCAAAGUCAAUCCGCUACCAAAGAAUGGUAAAGCGGCCUUUACUGGUUCUAACAGCCAACCUAUCAGCUUGCUGCCAGCUCUUAGCAAACUGUAGGAAAAAACAGUGUUUGACCAAAUACAAUGCUAUUUCUCAGUAAACUAAUUAACAACAGACUUUCAGCAUGCUUAUAAAGAAGGGCACUCAACAUGUACUGCACUGACACAAAUGACUGAUGAUUGUUUGAAAGAAAUUGAUAAUAAGAAGAUUGUGGGAGCUGUACUGUUAGAUUUCAGUGCAGCUUUUGAUAUUAUUGACCAUAACCUGUUGUUGAAAAACGUAUGUGUUAUGGCUUUUCAACCUCUGCCAUAUCGUGGAUUCAGAGCUAUCUAUCUAAUAGAACACAGAGGGUUUUCUUUAAUGGAAGCUUCUCUAAUGUUAAACAUGUAAAAUUUUUACCAAUGACCUGCCACUGGCAUUAAACAAAGCCUGUGUGUCCAUGUAUGCUGAUGAUUCAACCCUAUAUGUGUCAGCAACCACAGCUAGUGAAAUGACUGCAAACCUAAACAAAGAGUUGCAGUCAGUUUUAGAAUGGGUGGCCAGUAAUAAACUGGUCCUGAACAUCUCUAAAACUAACAGCAUUGUAUUUGUACAAAUCAAAGUUCUAGACCUCAGCUGAAUCUGAAUGGUGUUGCUGUUUAGCAAGUUGAGUAGACUAAAUUAGUUGGUGUUACCUUAGAUUGUAAACUGUCAUGGUCAAAACAUAUUGAUUCAAUGGUUGUAAAGAUGGGGAGAUGUCUGUCCGUGAUAAAGAGAUGCUCUGCUUUUUUGACACCACACUCCACAAAGCAGGCUCUAGUUUUAUCUUAUCUUGAUUAUAGUCCAGUCCAGUCAUAUGGUCAAGUACCGCAAAGAAGGACCUAGUUAAGCUGCAGCUGGCCCAGAACAGAGCAGCACAUCUUGCUCUUCAUUGUAAUCAGAGGGCUAAUAUCAAUACUAUGCAUGCCAGUCUCUUUUGGCUAAGAGCUGAGGAAAGACUGACUGCAUCGCUUCUAGUUUUUAUAAGAAAAAAUGUAUUGGAAAUUCCAAACUGUUUUCAUAGUCAACUUAUAUACAGCACUGACACACACAUUUACCCCACCAGACAUGCCACCAGGGGUCUUUUCAAAGUCCCCAGGUCCAGAACAAAUCCAAGGAAAUGUACAGUAUUAUACAGAGCCAUGAUUGCAUGGAACUCCCUUCCAUCUCAUAUAGCACAAGUGAACAGCAAACCUGGUUUCAAAAAACUAAUAAAGCAACACCUCACGGCAAAACGCCUCUCCCCCAUGUGACCUACUUUUUGUAUGUACGGAAAUGUAUGUGUAACUGAUAGAUACACACACACGCACACUACAUGUUAAUGUUUUUAAAUGUAUGUAAAUUGUAAAGUAUUUUGUCUGUAAUGUCUUUUUCGUUGUGUGUUAGACCCCAGUAAAAUUAUAGCUGUCGCCAUUGGCGUCAGCUAAUAGGGAUCUGGUAAAAAACUAAAAAUCUCUCUCACUCUCUCUCUCUCUCUCUCUCUCUCUCAGAUCACCCAGUUGAAGAUAGCCAGUAACCCGUUUGCAAAGGGCUUCCGAACUACUAAUCCUGAUGCCUGGUAAAACAAAUAAACAUGUUCUUUGUUUGUUAGCGUCUAGAACUUCAGAAUCAUUUCGGUGAUACGUUGAACAUAAAAGUCAAAGGACAACAACCAAAUUCAGACAUUGAGGACUGAUUGUCGGAUUCAGGUGGCUUCCCUCCUACAAUUAAUGUAAAAUCUAGAUUGUUCCAUGGAAACACUCAAUUAAAUAAUAACUGCAACAUUGUACAUCCUUAUCGCUCGCUCUCUUAUCACCUGAUAUUCAGGUUAAGGAGCAAUCGCAACAUGAAUCCUGAAUUUUGAUCAUGGCCUCUACAUAUGACAACACAACAGACACUCAAUUAGGCUUAUUAAGGCCAAUCAUAACAUGAUAGGGUAAAAGGUGACUGAUGUUGGUAACCUGUUUUUAACCUGUUGUAAUUCUGCCUAACUGUUCUUUGAUAGUAAUGCAACUGUGUCGUUGUGUGUUCAGGGUGGGCAGGGUGGGCAACGCCAGGCCCCUGCCUCACUCUCUGCCCACCUGGCAGCCACAGGAGGGCAGCCAUGAGCCUGGCAGUAUGUCAGGAGAGCAGCGAGCACAGAACCUAAAGAGUCUAUCAAGUGAGCGACUGAGACCCAGGAAUCUCCCUGUCCUCCUCCCUCGAAACAUCAGUGUCACAAUGAAAUACUGAGCAUGUUUUAGGCAAUAUACAGCCAUCACUGUCACUCCAUAAUGUGCACUAAUCUUUGGUCAGAGAAAUUAUAUUUUAAACUCUUGGUUUUUUCCUCCCCUUUCUCAACUUCUUUCUUCCUCUGUAGGACAAGAGGAUUCAAACAUUGUCUCUUUAUCAACACUGCAUCGUGAACUAGGCCACCAUUGCAGGGAAGACAUCAGCUGUACCAGUGAGAGAAAGGAUGUGGAGAAUAAUAUUUUUCCACCCUUGACUUUCAUCCCCCUUCCCACCCUCUGGGAAUGUCCAGGCACUUCAGAGAGACUGAACCUGGGA